AGAUACAUCAAGAAUCAACAUGAUGAAGUUAGUGGUUGUGGUAGUAGCUGUGGUGGCGUGUGCGUGGCUGAGCGCGGCGCAGAGCGGCGUGAGCGUGUACUGCGGGCGGCAGCUGUCGGAGCGGCUGAGCAGCCUGUGCUGGGGCGAGCCGGAGCAGAAGCGCGGCUGGUGGGUGCCGCCGGCGGGCGCGCUGGCCGGCGUGCGGGGCAAGCGCGGCCUCGUCGACGAGUGCUGCGACAAGCCCUGCUCCAUCGAAGAACUCUUGACCUACUGCUUCUAGUUCAAAUCCUCACCAUCAUCAUUACAAAUCUCAUUUCAUCUAGGGUCUAACAUGUUUCCUUAUUUACUAUGAUUUAAGGAUUGUUCAUAAAUAAAAGACACCGUCCUAUAUUUUACGUUGUUUUAAUUGUAUCUUAUUCUUUUCGGUCGCAAACAUGACAAAACCAAGUCUGUCAUGAAUGGUAUAUCAACUUUUUCAUAUUUCGCCACUUUUGAGGAUCUAGAUGAAAUCAAAAAUAUCCUCGUGAGUUUCGACUUUUCGACUGUGAUUUUGUUGAGAUAUUUUAAAAGAAUUUUGUUAUAGAAUAAUCUAGACCCUGUAUCCCUAUCUGAAUGCUGACUCUAAAUCUAGUUAGUUACGCAGGCAGUUGCUACACCUGCACUUCAUGACAGAUAUAAAGGUUAUUUGCGUAGAGACCACCUCAAGCUAAUAUUAGUUUACGAUAUCAAUGCUGCUCUACUCCUGUCGCAAUCGCAAAAAUUAAUUGAAUUUAUCGAUUGACGUUAAAAUGAUAAUCUAUGCAGAAACCCGGACCAUAACUUGGUACAUGAGUUUGUAAUAGUUGUGUUUCAAGAGUUGCAGUAUGAAACAGUAAAGAUAAACAUGGCCUACUACCAUAUUUCAGAAGUAAGAUUGUAGCAGUUGUGGAAGAGAGGAGGCACUUGCAUGGCGUAGAGCGACAUCCCUCUUUCACAACUGAGCUGAUGAAUCAAAACUCACGUAGCAAUGGCGGAAGUCACUUUGGCGACAGUUCAUACACAUCCCGAUUUUUUUAAUAUCCAUCUUUUAAUUAUUUGUCUCUUACUUAAAUUUGGCUUUCCUUUUGUUACACAGUUUUCGUAUGUUAUUAAUAUCACUGGCAACUAUUAAUUUGACAGUGGCUAAUUUAAAACUAUCAAGUCAAAUUUUACAUCUUUAUAUCUGAUAAAUGACCAGUUGUCCUUCAAGUUUAUCAUGCAUUAAGCCCAUUACCUAUACACUAACCUGACUUAAUCAAGGCAUAUCAAAAACCCAAUGAUGUGGAGUAUGACGUCACAACAAGUAGUUCACACAUGCAGGUGAUGCAAAGACAGUAGACGUC